UUUCAAUAUAUGGUAGGAAAAUUCAUCCCUUUUAUAGAUUUUGAACUGGUGUCAUCUUUUAACUAAUGGUUUUUUUUUUCUUUUUGUGGGAUGCAUUGGUUUAAUUUAAGACAACUGAAAGCUUGAUUAUUGGUUGUUUUGAUUGAAUGGAACAGUUGGAAUGGGACAAUGUCGACUUUUUUCUUCUAUUUGUUAUUUUGGGUCCUACACCAUCUUCCUGUCUGUAAAACUAGUUGACUUUCUCGCAUGAUUUUCUGCAUUUUUAGGAUCUUGAUUUCUUUUGGACCUAAAUGUCAUUAAUGGUUAAGGAAUUAGCUCAAGUAAUUAAGAGAAUCAGAAUCUAACACCCACUCCUGCAGAUCCAGUUUAGUAGAUUCAAUUCAUUACUAACUAUUUUUUUAUUUUGGAUGCCAAACCACUAUCAAACGAUUCACUUCAUUGCAUAUCUUUGUCCCGUCACUGUUUUUGGUGGUGACUGUUUCCUUCUUGCUUGAUAUCAUCAGACAGACUAUUUGCUCGAAUCCCAUCCGUGAGAAUCUUGUUUUGUUUAGUUAUGCAUACUUUGAUGGGCUGCUUUUGCUUGAAGAAACUUAGACACAAGCCUGGGUAUGAAGCGCCUAUCAAUCUUGCUUCCGAAACACCUUUUACGGUGAACGAAGUAGAAGCUUUAUAUGAUCUGUUCAAGAAGUUAAGCAGCUCCAUAAUUGACGAUGGUCUGAUUCACAAGGUACAUCUAUUCCGGAAGAAUUUCAGCUUGCACUCUUUAAAACCAGCAAUAAGCAGAACCUCUUUGCGGAUAGAUUUAUUGCAGAUAUUUGAUUUAUUCGAUAUUAAACAUAAUGGGGUUAUUGAAUUCGGAGAGUUCGUCCGGUCUUUAAGUGUGUUCCAUCCUAAUGCUCCCGAAGCAGAUAAAAUUGCUUUCUUAUUUAGAUUGUAUGACCUACGACAGACCGGCUGCAUCGAGGCUGAAGAAUUGAAAGAGAUGGUAACGGCUCUACUUUGCGAAAACAACUUGUCACUUUCCGAAGAUGUGGUGGACUUGAUUGUGGAAAAGACAAUGAUGGAGGCAGAUACGAAAAGAGAUGGGAAGAUCGAUGACGAAGAAUGGAAGGAAUUCGUGAAAAAGAAUCCGUCAAUCAUAAAGAUCAUGACUCUUUCAGAUUUGAAGGAAUUAACCCUUGCAUUUCCCAGCUUUGUAAUGAACUCCGGAGUCUCAGAUUUGCAGCAACCAGUGAAGAAUUGAGAAAAAAUUGAACUGAAGCGAUUGAUUUCAGGUCAUUGUUUGCACUUAGAUUAUGAAAUCUGAUUUCAAUUUUCAAUAACUUGAUGCCUUCUGCACCAUAUAGGAACUGUAUGUACUGAAAAUUUAUUCAAUUCCAAACAGAGAUGAAAACUCGUUCCGGAUGACUGGAAAGAAUUUAUAUGAAUUCUAAAGAGUAAUAUGAUGUUUUAUA